CCAAUUGACACAAGUUAUCUCCAACUUGUCAAGCGAAUCCUUAAAUAAACAAUUUUUAUAUCUCUGUAAACACCUUCGAAUGUGGGUUUUUUAAUUUCGUGUACGGAUGAGGAAGUGCGUGUACUUUUAAAUGGAUGAUGAUGACUGGACUGCGUGGUGUGAGCAUAUCGAUUGAAUUAUGGUUCGACAUAUUUCUGAGAGUCGUUCUGGCAGUAUUAUUUGUGACGCUGGAAAAGGCCGAGCCCUUCGUCAGGAAAAUUCACGAUGACGAACUGUGGCUCUACAGAAAUCCAAAGACGGACUCAUACGUUCCCACAUCAUUCCUCUGGCCACUUGUGUUUAUCACACCUUUUGUAGUCAUCACAUUAUGGUUUUUCAAGACCGGAGAAAGAGCAGAUCUCUAUGAAGGAUCGCUGACAGUAUCGUUAGCACUAGGUUUAAAUGGAGUCAUCACCGACAUGAUUAAGCUUAUAGUUGGAAGACCGAGGCCAGACUUUUUCUGGCGUUGCUUCCCAGAUGGUCAGGGCAACAGUGAUUUCCUGUGCACGGGGAAUCCAGUCGAAAUAAGAGAUGGGAGAAAAUCAUUCCCAAGUGGACAUUCCUCAUUUGCAUUUGCAAGUUUAGGCUUUAUAGCUCUAUAUUUAGCCGGAAAAUUCAGGACAUUUGGAACGACUGGCAAAAGUCACGCGUGGAAGCUCUGCGCAUUCAUCUUUCCACUGGGAUUUGCUCUUGGAAUCGCCCUGAGUCGUACCUGCGAUUACCACCACCACUGGCAAGAUGUUGCAGUGGGUUCCUCCCUCGGAUUCCUCGUCACGUAUUUGUGUUAUAGACAUUAUUACCCCCCACUAGACCAUCACAUGUGCCAUAAACCCUAUUCGAUAUUGCUGAAACAGGGGGAACCUGAUCUGAAAAAGGAGAAACGUGAGGGCGAUAUCAAGUGGAUCUGAUAAAAACUAAAACGUCUAAGACUGAUACACCAUUUUUUCCAUUGAUUUAGAAAAUGAAUGUCUGUUGAAGAAAUAUCAUUGUGAAUUGGUUCCGUACAACAAUAAAAUCGAAACAUCACUAUCCGA